GAUUAUGGGUGGAGCUAUAGCAUCACUGCAAGUGUGUAAAGACUUAAGUGAAAGUGAAGCUAAACAUAUGAACAGGAGGCUUCAUCAAACAUCAUUUAAUUUCAGAAACUCGGAAAUCAACGACCAGAUCUGAUAUUCACUCACAGCCAUGGCAUCCUCCAGUGGCCCAUCACUAAAUGAGGAGCUCCAGUGCUCCAUCUGUAUGGAAGUGUUCACUGAUCCAGUCACCACUGCAUGUGGACACAACUUCUGCCAAACCUGUCUGAGCAAGAGCUGGCCGAACUCACGGACCUGCUUCUGUCCACUCUGUAAAGAAAAAUUCAGCAGACGACCUAAGCUCAAGAUCAAUACAACACUCAGAGAAGUUGUGCAACACUUUAAGGAGAAGCUCAAUCUAGGAGAAACUGAGGUGUUCUGUGACUUCUGUGAUGAAAGAAAGCAGAAAGCUGUGAAGACCUGCCUGACGUGUCAAAGCUCUUACUGUGAGACUCAUCUGGAGCCUCAUCUCAGUCUCCCAUGUCUAAAUGAACACACACUGAUCAAUGCUGUGGAAAAUCUGGAGGAUUAUAUAUGCCAGAAACACGAGAGACCUCUGGAGCUGUUCUGUAGAGAUGAUCAGACGUGUGUUUGUCUGUCCUGCACUGAAGGAGAACACAGGACUCACAACACUGUUCCUAUAGAGGAGGAGAGUCGAGAGAAGAAGAAUCAGCUGGUUCAGACACAGACAGACAUUCAUCAGAUGAUCCAGGACAGAAAGAAGAAGAUUCAAGAGAUCCAGCACUCAGUAGAGCUGAGAAAGAGAAACACAGAGAAAGCGGAAUCCUCCAGUGUUGAGAUCUUCACUGAUCUGAUUCGCUCCAUUGAGAGAUGUCAGUCUGAUCUGAUGAAGAUGAUGGAGGAACAGCAGAAAGCAGCAGAGAAACAGGCUGAAGAUCUCAUUAAAGAGAUACAUCAGGAAAUCACUGAGCUGAAGAGGAGAAACACUGAGCUGGAGCAGCUCUCACACACUGACGAUCAUCUCCAUGUCAUACAGGUGAGCUCAACCCUGUACACUCGUCCAAACACCAAGAACUGGACUGAGAUCAGGAUUGACUCUGAUGUGAAUGUGAACUCUCUGUUCAUAGCUCUGACUGAACUGAAGAACACUCUAGAUGAGACUCUAAAAGAAAAACUCAGUCAAACUGGUAUGUGAAU